GGUAGCGCAGGUAGCCGGGGUGGUUUGCCGAGAGAAGCCUGUUGCUGUCGAGUCAGGGAGGAGGGGCCCGAGGCGUAAGGGAAGCGGCGCGAUGAGGGCUGUGUUGACGUGGAGAGACAAAGUGGAGCAGUGUAUCUACGACCUCGCAUUUAAGCCUGAUGGAACUCAACUGAUUCUGGCUGCAGGAAACAGAUUGCUGGUUUAUGACACCUCUGAUGGCACCUUACUUCAGCCCCUCAAGGGACACAAAGACACCGUGUACUGUGUGGCAUACGCAAAGGAUGGCAAGCGCUUUGCAUCUGGGUCUGCUGACAAGAGCAUCAUUAUCUGGACCUCAAAACUGGAAGGCAUUCUGAAGUACACGCACAACGACUCUAUACAGUGUGUCUCCUACAACCCUAUCACCCACCAGCUGGCGUCCUGUUCCUCCAGUGACUUUGGACUGUGGUCUCCUGAGCAGAAAUCUGUCUCCAAGCAUAAAUCCAGCAGCAAGAUCACCUGCUGCAGCUGGACAAACGACGGUCAGUACCUGGCUCUCGGGAUGUCCAAUGGGGUCAUCAGCAUCCGGAACAAAAAUGGCGAAGAGAAAGUGAAGAUCGAGCGGCCAGGGGGCUCCUUCUCCCCAAUAUGGUCCAUCUGCUGGAACCCUUCAAGAGAGGAACAUAAUGACAUCCUGGCUGUAGCUGACUGGGGACAGAAACUUUCCUUCUACCAGCUGAGUGGAAAACAGAUUGGAAAGGAUCGGCCACUGAACUUUGACCCCUGCUGCAUCAGCUACUUCACCAAAGGAGAGUACAUUUUGGUGGGGGGUUCAGACAAGCAGGUAUCUCUUUUCACCAAGGAUGGAGUGCGCCUGGGGACCGUUGGGGAGCAGAACUCCUGGGUUUGGACCUGUAGAGUGAAGCCUGACUCCAACUAUGUGGUGGUAGGCUGCCAGGAUGGCACCAUUUCCUUCUACCAGCUCAUCUUCAGCACAGUCCACGGCCUGUACAAGGAUCGGUAUGCCUACAGGGACAGCAUGACAGAUGUCAUCGUCCAACACCUGAUCACGGAGCAGAAAGUUCGGAUUAAGUGCAGAGAGCUUGUCAAGAAAAUUGCCAUCUACAAAAAUCGAUUAGCUAUCCAGCUGCCAGAGAAGAUCCUCAUCUACGAGCUGUACUCAGACGACUCAGUGGACAUGCACUACCGGGUGAAGGAGAAAAUUGUCAAGAAGUUUGAGUGCAACCUGCUGGUGGUGUGUGCUGACCACAUCAUCCUGUGCCAGGAGAAACGGCUGCAGUGCCUGUCCUUCAGCGGAGUGAAGGAAAGGGAGUGGCAGAUGGAGUCUCUCAUUCGGUACAUCAAGGUGAUCGGUGGCCCUGCUGGAAGGGAAGGUCUGUUGGUGGGCCUGAAAAACGGUCAGAUCCUGAAGAUCUUUGUGGACAAUCUCUUUGCCAUUGUCCUGCUGAAGCAGGCCACAGCCGUGCGCUGCUUGGAUAUGAGCGCCUCCCGGAACAAGUUGGCUGUGGUGGAUGAAAACGACACGUGCUUGGUGUACGACAUCCACACGAAGGAGCUGCUCUUUCAGGAACCAAAUGCCAAUAGUGUGGCCUGGAACACCCAGUGUGAGGACAUGCUUUGUUUCUCCGGAGGAGGCUACCUCAACAUCAAAGCCAGCACUUUCCCGGUGCACCAGCAGAAGCUGCAAGGGUUCGUGGUUGGCUACAAUGGCUCCAAGAUCUUCUGCCUUCACGUCUUCUCUAUGUCUGCUGUGGAGGUGCCACAGUCUGCUCCGAUGUACCAAUACCUCGAUAGGAAAAUGUUCAGAGAAGCCUACCAGAUUGCCUGUUUGGGAGUGACAGACGCUGACUGGCGUGAACUGGCCAUGGAAGCUCUAGAAGGACUUGAGUUUGAAACUGCAAAGAAGGCCUUUACCAGGGUGCAGGACCUUCGAUACCUAGAGCUGAUCAGCAGUAUUGAGGAGAGGAAGAAGCGGGGCGAGACCAACAAUGACCUGUUUCUGGCAGAUGUGUUUUCCUACCAGGGGAAGUUCCAUGAGGCUGCCAAACUGUACAAGAGGAGCGGGCACGAGAACCUCGCACUCGACAUGUAUACUGACCUCUGCAUGUUCGAGUAUGCCAAGGAUUUCCUUGGAUCUGGAGACCCUAAAGAAACAAAGAUGCUCAUCACCAAGCAGGCCGACUGGGCGAGAAACAUCAACGAGCCCAAAGCUGCGGUGGAGAUGUACAUCUCAGCAGGGGAGCACACCAAGGCCAUAGAGAUCAGUGGCAGCCAUGGCUGGGUUGACAUGUUGAUUGACAUUGCUCGAAAGCUGGACAAGGCUGAGCGGGAGCCCCUGCUCAUGUGUGCUCGGUACUUUAAGAAGCUGGACAGUCCUGGCUAUGCUGCCGAGACCUACCUAAAGGUCGGUGACCUGAAGUCUCUGGUACAGCUGUAUGUGGACACCAAGCGCUGGGACGAGGCCUUUGCUUUGGGUGAGAAGCACCCUGAGUUUAAGGAUGACAUCUACGUGCCCUAUGCGCAGUGGCUAGCGGAGAAUGACCGCUUUGAGGAAGCCCAGAAAGCAUUCCACAAGGCCGGGAGGCAAGGGGAAGCAGUUCGCGUGCUGGAGCAGCUCACGCACAAUGCCGUGGUGGAGAGCAGGUUUAACGACGCUGCCUAUUAUUACUGGAUGCUGUCCAUGCAGUGCCUCGACAUGGCACAAGAUCCUGCCCAGAAGGAUGUGAUGCUUGACAAAUUCCACCAUUUCCAGCACCUGGCUGAGCUAUACCAUGGCUACCAAACCAUUCAUCGCUACACGGAGGAGCCAUUCAGCUUCGAUCUCCCCGAAACCCUCUUCAACAUCUCCAAGUUCUUGCUGCACAGCCUGACCAAGGCCACCCCCUUGGGCAUCUCCAAAGUGAAUACCCUCUUCACACUGGCCAAGCAGAGCAAGGCCCUGGGUGCCUACAAGCUGGCCCGGCACGCCUAUGACAAGCUUCGGGGGCUGCAGAUCCCCGCCAGGAUCCAGAAGUCCAUUGAACUGGGCACCCUGACCAUCCGCUCCAAGCCUUUCCACGACAGUGAGGAACUGGUGCCCUUGUGCUACCGCUGUUCCACCAACAACACGCUGCUGAACAACCUGGGCAACGUGUGCAUCAACUGCCGCCAGCCAUUUAUCUUCUCCGCCUCUUCCUAUGAGGUGCUGCAUCUGGUGGAAUUCUACCUGGAAGAGGGAACUGACGAAGAAGCUGUUGCCCUCAUCGACCUGGAGGCCCCAAGACACAAGAGGGAGGGCAAAUGGCAGGAGAUUGCAAGCAACAACUCCCAGACGCUGAGACUGGAUGAGACCAUGGAUGCCAUAGGAGACGAUGACCCGUUCACAGCCAAGCUGAGCUUUGAGCAAGGUGGCUCUGAGUUCGUGCCUGUGGUGGUGAAACCGGUUCAGUGCUGCGUUCCCAUGAGCAGAAGGGACGUUCUCAUCAAGCGCUGGCCCCCGCCACUGCAGUGGCAGUACUUCCGCUCGCUGCUGCCUGAUGCUCCAUCACCAUGUGUCCCUCCUGGCUUUCAGAUGUUCCAUUCAGAGGACUACGAGCUGCUGGUUCUCCAGCAUGCCUGCUGCCCCUACUGCCGGAGACGCAUUGACGAUACUGCCCCGUGAGCAUGGACUGGCCUCAGGACCACCCUGCUCCCCAUGCUCCUUGCUGUCCUCAGACUGUCGGGAGAAAGAAUUAAACCUUCAGAACAUGUCUCCUGCCCAGAUGAAGUUUGUAUGCUGGGGAGGGCCCUUGCCUUGUGUAACCACAGGUUUCCUAUUUAUGACAUUCCGUGCCUUGUAAUAGCACCAGGAGAGUGGAGAAGAGGACAUACUAUAUUUUCUAAGAAAAAAAAAAUCUGUUACUUUUAGAAGGGCUCAAGUGUUCACGGCAGCCUGCUGGAGCCCACAGAUCUGUCAGACGUUACUGUGCGCACUUUGCCAACAGAUUGCCCCAAUAACGACAAAUAAAAGGGCUGCUCGUUCCAUCAG